AUGACACGAAAUUUAAGGAAUAGACGCGAUAGUGACGACAAACGUAGCGAUGCUGAAGAUACAAAUAAUGCAAACGUUGGUUAUGAAACCCAGAUCAAAGAUGAAAAUGGCAUAAUUCAUACUACUUCUCGUUCUUUAAGAAAAAUAAACUACGCAGAAAUUGAGAAGGUAUUCGAUUUUUUGGAAGAUGACCAGGUUAUGGACGCCGAUCAAAACCAGGCCAAACAUGAGACGCCCGUCAAGGCUGAGAGUAACGAAUAUAAUGAAAGCAGCCUCAAUGGCGACGAAGACGAUGGCGACGACGAUGUUGUGUUGCCAUACAAAAACACUAGAGUGGAUGACGAAUUGCCCAGUGAGAGAAAUUUAAGGAAAAGAAAAAUUCACGAUCCAGAGGAAGAAGACGAAAGCUUUCAUGAGGAAGAUGUUGACGAUGACGAAGAGGAAGAAGAAGCGGACGCAUUUGAAGAUGAGUAUUUGGACGAGGACGCAAGAAACAAUAACCGCCAGCGUAGAGCUGCCGAUAGAAAGUUUAUAGUACCAGACCCUGAUGACGAUGAUGAAUACGACGAGGACGGUGAAGAAGGAGGUGCAAUAAGCCAUUCUGCUUCUUCUAAACGUUUAAAAAGAGCGAAUUCUCGAAGAACAAGAUCCUCGCAUCAUCCUGAAACUCCACCGCCGGUUAGAAGAGAAUUAAGAAGUAGAACAAGGCAUUCGCGGACUUCAAAUGAAGAAAACGACGGUGAUAAUGAACAUAACAGAAACGAAGCAUUAACUUUGGCUGAUGAGAUAAGGGAAUUACAAGAGGAUAGUCCCGUUAAAGAAAAAAGAUUCCUCCGUGAGAGAACUAAACCAGUUAAUUAUAAAUUACCACCACCACUAACCGCUACCAGUGCAGAAGAAUUUAUGAAUAGGAACAACAAUGCACUUUCUUUCCAUAAUCCAUCACCUGCACGUCGUGGCCGUGGCGGUUGGAAUGCUAGUCAAAAUUCGGGUCCAACAAGGCGACUUUUCCCCACAGGUGGCCCAUUUGGUGGCAAUGAUGUUACUACUAUUUUUGGUAAAAAUACAAACUUUUAUAACCAAGUCCCAUCUGCAUACAAUAAUGAUAAUAACAACAACAAACUAAUACUAGAUUCCGAUUCCUCCGACGACGAAAUAUUACCUCUUGGCGCUACACCCAAAGUAAAGAAAGUGGAUGCCCAAAAAAAGAAGAAGAAAAAGCCAGAAAUUGCCGAUCUCGAUCCAUUAGGCGUUGAUAUGAAUAUCAAUUUUGAUGACAUAGGUGGUUUAGAUAAUUAUAUUGAUCAAUUGAAGGAAAUGGUUGCAUUACCGCUACUGUACCCAGAGCUAUACCAAAACUUUAAUAUCACGCCUCCGCGUGGUGUUCUAUUCCAUGGUCCUCCAGGUACUGGUAAAACGUUAAUGGCAAGAGCUCUGGCUGCAAGUUGCUCCUCCGAUGAAAGAAAAAUUACGUUUUUCAUGCGUAAGGGAGCAGACAUUUUGUCGAAGUGGGUGGGUGAAGCCGAAAGACAACUCCGUUUAUUAUUCGAAGAAGCCAAAAAGCAACAACCAUCCAUCAUCUUUUUCGACGAGAUUGACGGGUUAGCACCCGUGAGAAGUUCCAAACAAGAACAAAUUCAUGCUAGUAUUGUAUCAACUUUAUUAGCUUUAAUGGAUGGUAUGGACAAUCGAGGUCAAGUUAUCGUUAUUGGUGCCACAAAUCGACCUGAUGCUGUAGAUCCUGCUUUAAGAAGGCCGGGAAGGUUUGAUAGAGAAUUUUAUUUCCCAUUGCCUGAUGUGAAAGCACGUUCUAAGAUUCUACAAAUUCAAACUAAAAAAUGGACUUCACCACUGUCAAUUGAGUUCAUAAACAAAUUAGCCAUCUUGACUAAAGGUUAUGGUGGUGCAGAUUUAAGGUCCUUAUGCACCGAAGCUGCACUUAUAAGUAUACAAAGAAACUUUCCCCAAAUUUACAGAUCGAAUGAUAAGCUAUUGGUGGACCCCUCCAAAAUCAAAGUCAAAGUCAAUGAUUUCAUGCUAGCUUUGAAAAAGAUUGUUCCAUCAUCCGCAAGAUCUACCGGUAGCUCCCCUCAGCCAUUGCCUGAAUUGAUUAAACCAUUAUUAGUGGAUCAAGUAAAUAACUUGAAAGAAAAACUGGACUACAUAUUAAAAAAGGACGAUUCUGACUUUCAAAAAACUACAUCGCUACUCCAAGACUUUAUAGAUUACGAAGAAUACAGUGAAGAAGAAGAAGAAGACGAAGAUGACUACAAAGGGUUCGAAGGUGCAUCUAAGUUCAGGUCAUAUGAAUUUUUUGAUUCGAUGGCGGAGUCACAAAUUUGCAAACCUCGAUUAUUAAUAAACGGACCUAAGGGCAAUGGCCAACAGUAUGUUGGAGCUGCUCUUCUAAACUACCUAGAAGAUUUCAACGUACAGAACUUGGAUUUGGCUUCUCUAGUCUCGGAAAGUUCAAGGACCAUUGAAGCUGCUGUGGUGCAAAGCUUUAUGGAGGCAAAGAAAAGACAACCUUCUGUUGUAUUCAUUCCUAAUAUGGACAUUUGGAUCAAUACCAUCCCAGAAAACGUUAUUCUAGUUCUAUCAGGCUUGUUCAGAUCUCUGCAAAGUAACGAAAUGGUUCUUUUAUUAUGUCUUGCAGAGGAUUUGAAUAUAUCUGAAAUUAAGGACGGCAUUUUGUCGGAUUUUGCAUUUGAUAGGAAUAUCUUUCAUUUAAAUAAGCCCUCCAUUCAAAAUAUAAUGGCGUACUACUCAAAUCUAAUUGAACUAUUGAAAACAAAACCAAGCGAUAUUCCCAUGAAAAGGAAAAGGGUCAAGCCGCUGCCAGAAUUACCAAAAGUGAUUUCAAACGCAACACUCACUAACUUUGAUGAGAAUGGUGAACCAUUGUCCGAGAACGAAGUUCUAAGAAGGAAACUGAAGACAUUCCAACAUCAAGACAUGAGAUCAAAAAAUGUCUUAAAGAUCAAACUCUCGGGCUUAAUGGAUCUUUUCAAAAAUAGAUAUAAAAGGUUUAGAAAACCGCCGAUAGACGAUGCCUUUUUGGUUCACCUUUUCGAGCCAGACACGAAUGCUGAUCCUAGUUGGCAACCAGCCUAUAUAAAAGAUAAGGAUAUGAUUUUAGAGAUUUCUACAGGCCGGAGAUUUUUUAAUAUGGACUUGGACAUCGUAGAGGAGAGACUUUGGAACGGUUAUUAUUCAGAACCAAAGCAGUUCUUAAAAGACAUUGAGCUGAUAUACCGAGACGCCAAUACCAUCGGUGAUAGAGAGCGUGUGAUCAAGGCGUCUGAAAUGUUUGCCAACGCACAAAUGGGUAUUGAAGAAAUUUCUACUCCAGAUUUCAUUCAAGAAUGUAAAGCUACACGCCAAAGGGAUUUAGAGAGACAAGAACUUUUCUUAAAGGACGAAGAAAAUAGGGUGGCAAUUGACUUAGAAGCCCAGCAAGAAGAACAACAGGAUAUACUGCCGCAACCUGAGGUAGAUGUUAAUGAAGUUGGUGAGUUUGGUGUAGCUGCAGGUAACCAAUUACAGGCUCAAUUACAAGCUACUGCUAAUACAAAUUCCAUUGUCAGUAACGGAGAAGUCCCAGCACCAAUUGAUACCGAAAUAUAUAAGAAGCAUGAGGCAAUCCUAACACCUUCUACUGUUGGUACGGGAGAAGUACUCACUCCGAAAGACGGUGGCGCACACGAACAACGUCCAUCAGAAUCACUCCAAUCUAGCUGCAUAAUACAUGAACAAAUUAAUGAUGAUAAACAGACUGUAGCGCCACUAAAUCAAAGUGAUCCACUUUUGCUGUCAGAAGCAAAAGACGGGCCUAGUGAAUCAGCUUUCAAGACUUCAGAAAUAAAGCAAGUGACAGAGAGUCUACCCAUCAACAACAGUACAUGUAUAGGGGCAGAACUUCUUCACAAAGGUGAAAAGACAGGUGAACAAGACGCUACAACUAUUACAAAGGAAGUUGGGAAGCCACAACGAAAGAAGAAAGACAGUAGAGAUGUAAUUUUAUCAUCUGAACAAAUAAAAGAAAUAUCUGAACGCUUAAUCGAGCAUUGCAAAAACUUUACAGUUUCCCAACUAGAAGAUGUUCAUUCCUCUAUUGCAAAAAUAAUAUGGAGGAACAGAUCUGUAUGGGACAAAACAGACGCUGUUGCUGAUAUAUUGAAAUUUCUCUCGGAGUAA